AAGUCAUGCGAAAGAAAAGGCGUUUACGGUUUCCUCUCUAUAAUACUGUUUCUCUUUCCAAACUCAUUUUCCCAAAAUUUAAAUAAAUUAACCCAAAAAAAGAUAAAUAAAUAAAUUAAAACAAAAUGAAUAUGGGUGGCGGAGCAGGCGUUGCCGACGACAAUACCGCGCCGUCUGCCGUCACGCAAUUCAGCCACGCGGUCUGGCGGCGGUACCAGCACUUGCUGGACAAAUCGACGCCCCUGGUGCUGUACCGAUGGAUCUUUCUAGCGGCGAUCGCCUUCGUAUACGCGCUGCGCGUCUACCUACUGCAGGGGUUCUAUAUCAUCACGUACGGCCUGGGAAUCUACAUCCUUCAACUGCUGAUUGCGUUUCUGUCGCCGCAGGUGGACCCCGAGAUCCAGGAGCUGACUGAUGGCCCCUCCCUCCCCACGCGCGGUUCCGACGAGUUCCGCCCCUUCGUCCGCCGCCUCCCCGAGUUUAAGUUCUGGCAUUCGCUGGCAAAGGCUUUCUUCUUUGCUCUUGUGCUGACAUUCUUCAGCGCCUUUGACGUGCCUGUUUUUUGGCCAAUUCUGCUAUUCUAUUGGUUGGUUCUGUUCAUUUCAACAAUGAAGAGGCAAAUAAUGCAUAUGGUUAAAUAUAAAUAUGUCCCUUUCACGUUUGGGAAGCAGCGUUACGCCGGGAAGAAGGCAGCUCCAGCCGAUGAGACAAACAGUGGCAGGCCUUAAUUUCCAUGUAGAAUAGGGCUUUAAGUUCUGAAGAUUACACUUUUUGUUAGGGUCAAAAUUUGAUUUUCAGUAUUGUAUUCUUCUAGCAUUCUGUUUAGGCACGAUCAAUUACAUCUGUAAUACUAGUGACUGUUAUUUUAAGUUCUUUUUCUUGUGUUUAAGCUGCCCACUACCUUAUCUCCUGCAGUCGGUAACAUAUGUAACUACUGCCACGAUUUUGGUCAUCAAAUUGCUCUCAAAUGUGAUAACUAAGUGGUUCAGUGAGAA